AACACAGCAAGAUAUUGUGUUUAAAGAAGCUCUUCUUUCCCUCGCUUUUGAAGUUACGGUUUCGCAGUCUCCAACAUCCCCAGAGAAGAGAAGCAACGGGUUGAGGGAGCACAGGAACAGGUUACUACAUUACCACUUUCAUCACAUAGGAGGAAAAAGUAAAACAGCUGUUGGUGAGAAACGUGAAUUCAGCCUUUCAAAGGAAAACUGACAAAUUUUCAAGGAACUUGUUGCAGUCAUUGAUUCUGAGGCAAUGGAGGAAAGGCAUGUACUUGGUACCAAUGCAUCAUUAUCACCUACUACGGGAUUUGGUUCCAGGUUCUCCAAUUUGAAAAAGUCUUUCAAAUAUUCUCUCCGAUCUUUGCUCACUUCAUGCUCAAAGGAGGAUUUUUUAAAAUCUUUUUCAAGUUUCUCUGACACCGAAAAGGAAUUGCUUCAUCGCAUAUACCUUCAGGUCAUUACUUCAUUGCAUGAAAACGUAGAGGAUGGGUUUGAGACAAUCUGUCUUCAAACACAGGCAGGAGCCACUCUUGAUGCUGUUGAGGAAAUUGUGGAAGAACAAGAUCUGGAUCUCUUGUCUGCUGAUAGGAGUAACAUAAUGGAUGUUGCUGAGAAUCUGACUGCAGCAAAGAAGAAUGAAAUUAAGCAAUUAAUGCAUAUGGUGCAAUUGGGAGAACAACAUAAUCAAAUGAAGCGCACCCGAUUGCAACUCCUUAGGGAAGGCAGUCAAGUCUUGUCUGGUGCUUCACAAGCUGUUGAGAAGUUCAGAAGCAUGAAUAUGAAUUACGGAGCCAACAGCGGUGAUUGGAUCCAUGAUGUAUAACAUGUCUAGAACAUGCUCUUCUACAAAUUAAAAUAGGUUCAUCCUCCGGUGAGUCAUUGCUAUGCUUUUAUUUUGUUGCGAGGUUUCUGAAUAUUCAGAUAUUCACAAAGCAUUCUUUGCAAAGAAGUACCUUUGUGUGAUCAUUAUUCGGGCUUCAACAAGUUGUGUAAUUUAAAGUUCAAUGAAAAUCUAUGUAGCUCUUGUUAUCGGCAAUUAUUGCUUUAGCUCUUUUUCUAAGCUUUAUAUUUGUUAUAUGAUGGACUCCUUAGUCAUCCUU